CAUCAACGCUUUGGUCACGCAAAGGUACCGAAGAGGAGGGUAGAUCUAUUUCCGCCACCUCAAGAAAGCCUCUCAUCCCUCUUUCGCCUCUCUCCUCUUUCCCUUUGAUUGCGUUGUUCUACCGUCCGUUGUGUCCAUUUCUAGGGUUCCUUUUGGACUCGGAUUUCACCCUUCGCUUCGAAUUGAAGCGAAAAGGGGCAGGUGGGCUUCGGGUGCCGUAAAAAAUUGGGUUUUUUGACAGCGAGCAGCGAAGUUUAUUUGCGGGGGUCGUUCGAUCCCAAGAUGUCUGAUCCCGCAGCCAUGUUGGCCGCCAUUGAAGCCCGAUUCAGCUCCCUGGAGCUCAUCGGGAGGGGAUCCUUCGGCGAUGUCUUCAGAGGGUUUGACAAGGAGCUAAACAAAGAGGUUGCAAUCAAAGUCAUUGACUUGGAGGAAGCUGAAGAUGACAUCGAAGAUAUUCAGAAGGAAAUUUCAGUUUUGUCCCAGUGUAGAUCUCCAUAUAUUACUGACUAUUAUGGAUCCUAUCUCCAUCAAACCAAAUUGUGGAUAGUUAUGGAAUACAUGGCUGGUGGUUCUGUUGCUGAUCUGCUUCAAACUGGUCCUCCUUUGGAUGAAAUGUCUAUUUCAUGCAUUCUUCGUGACUUGCUGCAUGCAGUUGAGUACCUUCACAAUGAAGGAAAGAUUCACCGGGAUAUAAAAGCUGCCAACAUUUUGCUAACUGAAAAAGGAGAUGUUAAGGUUGCAGAUUUUGGUGUUUCUGCACAAUUGACAAAAACAAUGUCAAGAAGGAAGACAUUUGUUGGAACUCCAUUUUGGAUGGCCCCUGAGGUCAUUCAGAAUUCUGAAGGAUAUAAUGAAAAGGCAGAUAUUUGGUCUUUAGGUAUUACUGCUAUAGAAAUGGCAAAAGGUGAACCACCUUUGGCCGAUAUCCAUCCAAUGAGGGUUCUUUUUAUGAUUCCGCGAGAAAAUCCUCCUCAGCUCGAUGAGCAUUUCUCUCGACCUAUGAAAGAAUUUGUAUCUUUGUGUUUAAGAAAAAGUCCUGCUGAGAGAUCUAGUGCGAAGGAGCUCCUUAGACAUCGUUUUAUCAGAAAUGCCAGGAGAAGUCCAAGGCUUUUGGAGAGAAUAAGAGAGAAGCCAAAGUUUAUUGCUAAAGAAGGCAUGGAAACCCAGCAGCAUCUCCAAAAUACCUAUGACGAUGCAACAAGAACCACCAAGGUGAUGAAGGAUGGAAACCAAGUUUCUUAUUCCAGUCAAAGCAAGGUCCAGAGUAAUCCUAGCUGGGAGAGUGGCAUGGGUGGAUUACAGGGUACUGGGACUGUCCGUAGUGCUGUGAAACCAAGUAACCAAGUAUCCCAGAGCACUGGCACUGUGCGUGCACCAGGACCAAACAUGGAUGGGUCACAAAGUACAGGGACUAUUCGUAGUGCUGUAAGAUUGCCUCAAGGUGAUUUGGCAAGAGAGAGAAAUUCUGAUGUUCUAUAUAGUUCUAACCCAACAAACAAGGUGGCAGACAGAGAAAGUCAGUGGACAUCUGCAUUGGAAAGUACAUUUGAUGGAUCAACAUCGAAAAUUUCAGUUAAGAAGGAAGCAGAAAGUGGAGAAGAUGAUAAAGCACUGCAAAGUCCUCUGGAAGAUGAUUAUCUUUCGUCAAGUGGAUCAGGUACUGUUGUCUUACACUCUCCAAGAGAAAUUUUGAAGCAUGCAGCAUUCAAUCAAAAUGUUAAGCCUCUCGGCAAGAACUCUUCAUCUGAAGAUGUGUCUAUCAGUGGUACAGUAGUCCUCCAUGGCAAAAAUGACGAAUCUGAUACUCCCCGUGCUUCAAAAUCUAGGUUGGGAAUGCUAGAGAAGGCAUCCAGCUUAUCCACUGAAGAUAGUGCUGCAAACCUUGAACAGGCAAAAGCUGCAUUACAAGGGGGACUGAGAAAAGGAAAUGCUCGUGAAAGACCACCAGUGAGCAAACAAAGUAAAGAUUAUCUUGAAAACAAAAUGACUGAACGGACAACUACCUCAGUCUCCUCUAGUGAGAAUGUUGGCUUUCAGAAAAUGCUGAACAAGUCAAAUCAGUUAAGUGAUGAGCUAACUCAAUCCAGAGCUGCUGCAGCAGCAGCUUCUCCUGUAUUGUCAUCAUUGAUAAUUCCUUCACUAAAGGAGGCCACUGGCGACAUGUCUGAAGGAGCAGCAGUUACAGCAGUGAUGGAAUCAUUGAUGGAUUUGGAGCACCAGGUGCCUGGCACUUGUGAAGCUCUUAUUGUUAAGCUUCUUCGGCAACUGCAGAGUUCAAAGGAGCUUCCGUUGAAAAGAGUUCAUGACUUGGCUGUCAGCAUUUUCUCAGAGAAAACUGAGGCAUCCCAGGAAUCAGCUGACGGGAAAAAGCAACCACAUGCACCAACGCCUGAGACACCCGGAUUAAGCCCACUUGCGAGAUUUCUUCUUUCGAGAUGGCAGAGCCAUGUUUCACAGGAACUCAACUCAUGAAGGGUGCUGCAGAAAUGCUGAUAACAGGGUUUGCAUUUUUCCCUUCUCAUCAUUAAAAUGUAUAAUUAAUUUUGACUGUAAAUAUUGAUUUGUCUACCAAUUUGUCUUUUUUUUUCGGGUUCUGGCAGCAGCUCUUUUUUUUUUAAAUGUUGUUAAUUGUGUUUCACACUAUUUCUUGUGUUCUUUGUUUGUGUCGAAAACACACCCAAGACAAGAUUAAUUCCUGCUUGUAACUCUUUUAUCA